GAAGUAUUGAAGGUCCUGUGCGUGCGUGUGCGUGCUUUACGUCUUGUCCCGCCUCUUCGCGGACCACGUGGGUGAGGUCGGCAGUUACGUCACCUGUGAUGGCUCGUGCCUCCGGCUGCAGGUUCUCCAUUCAGUUCGCUCCAGGCUCCCGUACAGAGUUAACGGGUUUUGCUGUCUUUAUCAUGGACCGAGCUGUCUCUACAUUCGUUUUACAUCUGCUUCCAGUUAGGAAUGGACCAACGAGGCGACUGGCCAAACUGGGGAGGAAACCCAGCAAUGGAUCUGUCCAGUCCAAUACCUCAGACAGCACCGUGCACUCCACAGAGAGUGUGGGUGUCCGACAGCCAGCCAAGAGCAAAAUCCGCCGCCACAACAACAGAUUUUCAACUGUUUUCAGCCCCAGCCCCAACCUUAGGGAUGGUAGACGCCGAGACCAGGCGCUGGGCAGUGGGAACCUGGCCGGAGACCUCGGGGCUACAGAUGAUCCGGCCGAACUGUCCAGCCAAAUGUCUGUCCCUGGCAUCCUGAAGAUCUUUGGCAGCGACAUCUGUCAGGGGACCAACUACAAGAGCGUGCUGGCCACCACACAGUCCAGUUCAAAGGAACUGGUGAAGGAGGCCUUAGAGAGGUACUGUCUGGAAAAAGAAAACCCCAGCAACUUUGUUCUCUGUGACGUAAUUGGCCAGAUUGGCACUGACAACCAGUGGAAGAGGGAGUGUUUUCGUGUGGUGGGAGACAACGAGAAGCCCCUUAUGCUGCAGUCGCUUUGGAAACCCAAGGAAGGCUUCUCCAGACGUUUUGAAAUCCAGCUGAGAGCGAGCGUCGAGGAGCAAAUUUUAAAAGACAGAGACACAGUCACAGCAGGUAUCAAUGCUCAGGCUCGUAAGCUGCAGAAGAACCGCUCCAGAGUGACCUCUCUGUUUGUGGAUGGCAGCAGUGAGGAUGUGGACAGACUUGAGAUCUGGAGGAGCUUGAGUGAGAUGGAUCUGUCUGCGAUGGGGAAGGAGGCCAACCGGUUCCAACAGAGCGCGCUCAGAGAGGAUCCAGAGGUUGAGGCUGACAAGGAGGUGCAACGACUCGGCAUAGAGAAGGAGGAGACAGAGAGUAGCGACGACAACACCACCCAGUACUCCAUUCACCCACCUUUUGACUUCCCGUACUUCCUCCUGCUACAGGGCUACAGCCAUAGACAGGAUUUUGUCAUUUACCUGAUGAGUGGGACCACCACCAUUUUUGGUUCCUGCCGGGAGCAUAGCAAUGGAGAAGAUGAGGAGAGAUUAAAGGUCGACAUCCUUCUCUUUGCUCCUGAUGUGUUGCCUCAACACUGCUGCGUCAGACGACUGGACUCCAACACCCAAACAUCCACAGGAGUGAGCAAAAAGACAUUGACAAUGCUGAAGCCCAUCCAUGGGGCUCCUGUGACCAGAAACGGUUUUCUCCUUAAAGAGGAAGCAGAACUGAACCCAGGGGACUUGGUAGGUUUGGGGAAGCACUACCUGUUCAUGUUUAAGGAUCCUACCAGCACAUCAGGAUCCCUCCACAUCCCCCCUUGGAUGACCAGACUCUGUCUAAACUCUAAUACAAAAGGAUCGUCCUCUUGUUUAUUAUGUGGCUCCUCUAUUGCCAAGAAAAGGUUCCAGAGGAAGCCUUUACCACCUCGAUGGAGGGACCUGGAAGGCACAGAGGCUUUGCUAAGCUAUGAACUGGAGCAGGAGGACAGAGUCUUGCAGGAGAUUUUGAGAAUGUUGGACCCCAGUGGGAAAGAACCAAAGCUGACACCAGCUUUCCUACUGAGCCUUUGCAUCCAGCACUCAGCCUCCGCAUUUGAGCUGACACAAUUUAGACAGCUGCUCCUCAGGAUAGCCAGCCAGAUCCAGGUUGUUAUGUGGGAGAAGACAAAGAAACUUGCAGCAAUCAAACCAGAAAUCAGGAGCUCCAGUGAUAGGCAGCCUGAUCAUCUUCACCUGCUCAGCAUGGAGGAGCUGAUACCAGGUCUGCAGCCGCUGGUGCUGUGGAUGGCCAACUCCAUUGAACUGCUCCACUUCAUCCAGCAUGAAGUCCCCCAGCUGCUGCCCUGGAGGCAGGACCAGGAUGAUGAAGGUCUGCUGGACUCAGAGAUGUCCUCUACUCAGACAGCCUGUGAAGAAGCCAUGACAGUCUUGGAAGAAGUCAUCAUGUUCACCUUCCAGCAAUCUGUUUACUAUUUAACAAAGAGUAUGUAUCCGGGACUGCCCAGUCUGCUGGAUGGGAACCCAUUCUCAGAGAGUGGUCAGCUGCGAGUGCCUGAUGGGCUCAGUGGCAUCCUGGAAGUGCUGAAGGAGGCCCUGCUGCUUCUCACUGCUUUCCAGGUGCAUCCAGACAUCUCAUUACAGCUCUGUGCCUACCUGUUCUUCUUCAUCAAUGCAUCAGUGUUCAACGCCCUCAUGGAGAGAGGAUCUGUUGCUGGGUUCUACCAGUGGUCCAGAGGUGUUCAGAUCCGGGCCAACCUGGACCUGUUGAUGGACUGGAUCCAGAGCAUCGGUCUGGGUGAUUUGGCCACUGAGUAUUUUCAGAAGCUUUCUGCUGCUGUCAAUCUGCUGGCUACACCCAAAGAAACCCUCCUGCAGUCAUCCUGGGCUUCUCUCAGGACUGAGUUUGCAGCCUUGAACCCCGCUCAGCUUCACCACAUGUUGAGGGAGUAUAACUCUGGUAAAGUCUAUCCCACUGGAUGGACCCCAACACUGGACGAUGCUGAGGACACUGUCAGGACAGCCGAUAUCCUUGAGAACUUCGACAAACACCCGCCGCUCAUCCUGCCCAGCAGCACGUUUCACCUGGAGCUGGGUAAACCCAUCACAGAGCCAGCUCUGUUUGAACAGCUCCGUCAUCUACAGGAGUUCAUUUGCCAGCUCCCCCACAGUGACGCCCAAGCUGAACCUGAUGUGGAGGCUCCCAAUGGGAUGACCACAGACAGCCAGUCUGCGGCCUCACCCUCUGUCAGAGCUGUCCAGAAUCCGGACCAUCAGGUGGCCUCUGACACAGUUACCUGUCUCUCCCCUGAGGCAGACCUGGACAGUUCCCCCUCUGCAGAGCUCGCUCAGACUCGAGAAUCUCAUGGUGACCUGAGCAGCUGUGAGGCAGUGCUGACCCAGAAACUGAAGAACCUGGAGCUGCAGAAUGCCCUUCCAGGACAGACUGACACGGGCUACCACAAGAGCCUGGCACUGGACCCAUCUUGCCUGCUCACACCACCCAAUACCCCCCAGGAAAUGGAGCUGGUCGAGCUGGAGGGUGAUCUGCGGGAGGGAGCACGUCAGCAAAAGAAAGCCAGUGGCUGUUCCGAGUGGAAGAGAGAGGAUGUGGAAGAAGACGGCGAGGAAGUGUUCACAGUGGAGCUUCAGAGAGGACCUCAUGGUCUCGGACUGGCACUGGUAGAUGGAAUGAAAACUCCAGUGAGGAUGACUGGGAUUUAUGUGAAGUCAGUGGUUCCCAACUCUCCUGCUGCUCAGUGCCAGAAGCUGAGAACAGGUGAUCGCAUCCUGGCUGUUAACGGCAUCAGCCUGGUUGGUAUGGACUACAGCAUGGGUAGAGAACUGAUUCGUUCCUCGGGAGACUUUCUCAGACUACUGGUCGCCAAGAUCGACUCAAAGACAAACAACAAGGCCUCAGAUAAAUGCUGAAAGACAAAAGUGGAGGAUGAUCGAGUGUAAUCUGGAAUACUAGAAGACGUGAGGUCCCUCCUAUCUGCUGCAGCCAAAGUCAGUAUUUCUUAAGGGAUGAAUUCCCUGACCAAAGGAAAACACACCUCCCACUCUUAUUGUACUCUCAUUUUUAAUCAGAGCUGUUCCAUAUGUGGACAGCUUCAAGACAAUCAACCAGGGCAGCAGGACCUUAUUUUGCUCAUACCAAACACAGACUGUGGGCAUUUUGCUGGCAGACGGAGAGUGGAGACAAGUUUAUAACGGCUCAUUUUGCUGUCUCAGCUUCUUUCUGGCUCACAAACAAACUCUGCAUCAGGUUCUGCUUCAUACUCCUAAACCAUGAGGGUUCGGUGGCGAGGAAAAGAACUAUCUGUGGUAAUUUGCAGUCAAGAAACAUUUAUUUGUAUGUCUGAGUAUUCUGUCUGAAGAGCAUCACUGAAGCUACUGCAGAGUCAUUCACCUCUGGCGGCAACUGGAAUUGCUUUGAAAUACUUUUUUAAAUGACUUGUGAGUUUAUUUUACUCCAUCUCACUCAGUCAUUUAGUCUGUGAGGGAGUCAUUGUAUGUUAUUUCUUUACACAAGUACAAAAAUGUCUGCCACCACUCAUCACAGUGACAUACAGUAACUUCAUCUGCUUCCAAUACAUAUACAUCAUUUAAUAUUCUGUCUUUAAACACAUUUCUAGACAAUGAAACGAGGAGAACUGAGCAGAGUUACCACACUACAGGGAGAGGUUUUUUUCUGACAUGAUUUUGGUAGUUCUUUACUUUAAUGAGUCUGUAAAUUCCUUUUCUCCCCCCAAAUAUUUUCAAAAGAGGUUUUCUGGAAACCCACAGAGAUGCACAGUGAACAACCUUGAAACCUUUAUUUAGAGAAUAGCAAGUGAGCUAAACAUGCAAAAUGUGAAAUGUGUAUCCACAAAGAAACAUCCAGCAUUAAGGAAGAAUAAAGGAGAAAAGGAGCCAUUUCUUUCAUGGGAACUCAUGUGGCAGUUGAUAAUAAAGUCAGUGUGAACAAACUAAAACAUGAGCCCCAGAACUUUGUCAUCAAACCCUUUCCAGGAAAUCUUCAAGGAAUUAUUAGGAAAUAAUGGACCUGUAAAAUAAAACAUUUCCACGAUGUUCUUUGCAUCUAAACAAAAGCCGGACGUUGCUUUUACACUUGAGGCUUUGUACAGAUUAAACGCAUGUUUAUUAGUAAGUUCUAGAUUCUGUUUGGAUGGAGCCAGGCUAGCUGCUCACCUCUGUUUCCAGUCUUUAUGCUAAGCUAAGCCGUAGCUUUAUAUUUAACAAAGACUUGAGGGUGGUAUCAGUCUUUUAACAAAGCAAAGAAGCAAAUUUUCCCAACCAUCAAACUAUUGCUUUACAGCUAUACUGUCUGUAGUUUGUCAGAAUCAUAAAACACCUUGGAGUUACUGAGAUGAAAGCAAAAACAUCAGCAGACAUUUGUAAUAUGUUAAACAAUAGAGAGCUGCAAACUCCUGAAAGCUGAUUUCAUCCCAAAUGUAAACAGUGUUAAAGUUCAAGUAUAUAAAAAAGCAAAAGUAUUUGUUUUUGUAAUAUUUAUAUUGCAGUGAAUCUUUGGAAUAAAUAAAUACCU